UUGAUUUAAUAAUCGUAUGUGAUUAUAAAAUCGGUGAAUAGAAGAGAGUUUUAAAGUACUAAUGUGAUGGAAUCUAUAAACCAGUGCCACUGCUGCCUGCAGCGGCCUUCGGCGAAAGAUUUGAGGACACCGUACACUCGUCUCGGCAUAACGGAAAUAUACUCGGUCAUGAUCGAAGAAUGCUUUGUAAUCAAACUGACACCGAGCAACAAUGGCAGGAGUGGUAUCUGCCAGGUGUGUCUGGGGCGGCUGCGGGAGGCGUGCCACUUCAAGAUGCAGGUGCAGCACUGCCAGGCCGAGCUGCAGGAGAGGCUAGAGGGAGGACUGAGGGUCAAAGAUGAGGAAGGCUUAGAUGAACCUGAAGACGGUGCGUGCAGCGAGCCUUCCGAGCUGUCUCUGUUGUCUUCAGCCGGCGAGUACGGAGUUAGCUCGGCGCCUCUGUCCCUGCGCUGUAGGCAGCAGCUCGCGCUGGCGUGCUCCGUGAGGCUCGAGCGCCUCCGCCACUCCCCGCGCGCGAGCCAGCCGUGUCCCGACGUGACGUCACACCGCGAGCCGAGCCCCGCCAGCAGGGUGCAGAACGUGCCCGCUCACACACCCGCCGAGCAACAAACCCAAACACACGAUACUCGCCCUACACACACCACACACAACUCUAGUUUAAUCACACAUCAACAACACCAUAUCGCACCGCAAAUGAACAAGCAGACCUACUAUUGCGACAUGUGUAGUCAGCAAUUUACGACAAAACUUACUUUAAUCCGACAUAUCAGAACACAUACACACCCGGAACAUACCUGCGGAGUUUGUAAUGAAGCAUUUCAAAAUAACUUAUUACUGAAUAAGCAUUUAAGUUUGCACUCAGCGGAGAGACGGUACGUGUGUGGAGAAUGCAACAAGCAAUUUGCAACAAAAAGCAUUUUGUAUAUACAUAGAAGAACCCACACUGGAGUCAAACCAUUCAAAUGUAAAGUAUGUAACAAGCAAUUCAAAGGAAGAAAUGGUUUAAAGUACCACGAAAGAGUCCAUAGUGGCGUGAAACCAUACAAAUGUAAAGAAUGUAGCAAAGAAUUCACACACAAACAUUCUUUAGUUAUCCAUGAAAGAAUCCAUAGUGGAAUGAAACCAUACAAAUGUAAAGAAUGUAACAAGCAAUUUACAACAAAACAUUACUUAGAGACGCACAAAAGAGUCCAUAGUAGCGUGAAACCAUACAAAUGUAUAAAAUGUAACAAGCAAUUUGCACAAAAAGGUAAUUUAGAGACCCACAAAAGAAUCCAUACUGGCUUGAAACCAUACAAAUGUAAAGAAUGUAACAAGCAAUUUACACAAAAAACUAAUUUAAAGAUCCACGAAAGAGUCCAUAGUGGCAUCAAACCAUACAAAUGUAAAGAAUGUAACAAGCAAUUUACACAAAAAACUAAUUUAAAGAUCCACGAAAGAGUCCAUAGUGGCGUCAAACCAUACAAAUGUAAAGAAUGUAACAAGCAAUUCCAAGGAAGCAAUGGUUUAAAGUACCACGAAAGAGUCCAUAGUGGCGUGAAACCAUACAAAUGUAAAGAAUGUAACAAGCAAUUUACACAAAAAAUUCAUUUAACGAUCCACGAAAGAGGCCAUAGUGGCGUGAAACCAUACAAAUGUAAAGAAUGCAACAAGCAAUUUACACAAAAAACUUAUUUAAAGAUCCACGAAAGAGUCCAUAGUGGCGUGAAACCAUACAAAUGUAAUGAAUGUAGCAAAAGAUUCACAACAAAACAAUCAUUAGUUAUCCAUGAAAGAAUCCAUAGUGGAAUGAAACCAUACAAAUGUAAAGACUGUAACAAAGAAUUCACAACAAAACAAUCAUUAGUUAUCCAUGAAAGAGUCCAUAGUGGCGUGAAGCCAUACAAAUGUAAAGAAUGUAACAAAGAAUUCGCACAAAAAAAACAUUUAGUUGCCCAUGAAAGAAUCCAUAGUGGAAUGAAACCAUACAGUUGUAAACAAUGUGACAAGGAAUUCACACUAAAACAUAAUUUAGUUAUCCAUGAAAGAAUCCAUAGUGGAGUGAAACCAUACAAAUGUAAAGAAUGUAACAAGCAAUUUACACAAAAAAUUCAUUUAACGAUCCACGAAAGAGGCCAUAGUGGCGUGAAACCAUACAAAUGUAAAGAAUGCAACAAGCAAUUUACACGAAAAACUUAUUUAAAGAUCCACGAAAGAGUCCAUAGUGGCGUGAAACCAUACAAAUGUAAAGAAUGUAACAAGGGAUUCACAGGAAGAGAUGGUUUAAAGUACCACGAAAGAGUCCAUAGUGGCGUGAAACCAUACAAGUGUAAAGAAUGUAACAAGGAAUUCACGGCUAAACAAUCUUUAGUUUACCAUGAAAGAAUCCAUAGUAGAAUAAAACCAUACAAAUAUAAAGAAUGUAACAAGCAAUUUACAAGAAAAUAUGAUUUGGAUGUCCACAAAAGAGCCCAUAGUGACGUGAAACCAUACAAAUGUAAAGAAUGUAACAAACAAUUAACAAGAAAAGAUCAUUUAGAGAUCCACACAAGAGUUCAUAGUGGCGUGAAACCAUACAAAUGUAAUGAAUGUAACAAAGAAUUCACACAAAAAUAUUGUUUAGUUAUCCAUGAAAGAAUCCAUAGUGGAAUAAAACCAUUCAAAUGUAAAGAAUGUAACAAGCAAUUUAAUAGAAAAUAUUAUUUAAAGAUCCACAAAAGAGUCCAUAGUGACGUGAAACCAUACAAAUGUAAUGAACGUCACCAGCAAUUAAGUCAAGAAGAUAGUUUAGAGACACAUAACAUGAGUCACAUCGGAGAGAAGCCGUAUAGAUGUGAAGAAUGUAACAACCACUUUACAUUAAAAUCUGAAUUAGAGAGACAUAAAAAAAUACACACCGAUGAACAAUCAUACGAAUGCGAAAUAUGUGAAACACUUUUUUUCGAUGAAACAAGUUUAAUGAAACAUAUUGAAACACAUAUAUCCAAGAUACCAUAACUUUUUUGUUUUGUAAAAUGGUUCAUAAUAGCUGUUUGAAUAAGUUGCUUAGUUACCAAUACCAAUUACCAAUCAUUUAUUCACAUAUUUGACAUUACAUAUGUACAUUUUAUGAUGAACCACCGUUACCCAGUUUGCGUUUGUAACAGCGCCAUCUCUUAGGAAAUUAGGACUUCUAACUAAAUCGGCUCGAACAUACUCCCGCCUAAAUGACAGAAUGUCAUUUCUUAAUAAAACCAACAUUACUAAAAUUACUAAAAAAAAUCUUCUCUUCGAUAGCUCGUGUGUAUACUGUCUUCACUUGCACCAUCAUCAUCUGUAUCACUUCCACCUUUCUUUUUAGAUUUAGAAACUCAGCCUGCCAGGGCUUCCAGAGACAAAUUCUCAAAUUUGGAAGGAGGAGGCUAUUAGAGGAUUGUCUAACGGCCAUGAGUCGGAUGUUUGAUGAACUUCGAAUCUUCCUCUCUCUUUGUCUUACUCUCUGUUUUCUCUCACACAUAACAACCUCAGUAGACCUCCAGCAGUUUGACGCUAUCUCUUCUUUUAUGACUCCUUUCUCGUAUAAUUCUUCUCUUGUCUCUUCUGUUAUAUGGUUCUUUAUCUCCUCUGUGAAUUUUAACUUCUUUGACAUGUGGUAAAACUCAUCUCUUAAGUACAUGCCAAUGAAAGAUCGAUCUCUUUGCACGUCUUCGUUAAUCUCUUCUAUUAUCUCUCGUUUAUACUCUGGUUUGAAAUCUCUUCUCAUCUCUGUAGCUAUUUUAGCUUUUUGCUUCGAUUUUGCUCUCGUUUGAACUAUAUAUCUUGCUUGAACGCUUGCUUGUUUUCUAUCUCGUAGUUUAUGGUUUCUGACUCUUUGGAUUGGUAAGGUGUACUUUGGUAUUCUCUCCGCAACAAUGAAUGAUGGCUUUUGCUUGUUACUUCUUGAAACUCUUUUUUUAGGCUUAGUGAAUGAUUCUGCUCGCAUAAUUCUGGUUUAUCUACUGGUAUCGUGUGAAAUGACUGUGACUUAACUGUGACUUCUGAUUGCACAUUGAUUUCCUCUUUUGUGUACGUAUUUGUAGGCUCGAAUGAUUGGGUUGUUUCUAACAUGGGUGGUAAAUUGAAAAUACUCAAGGUCUUUGCUUCUUCUUCCCAUCGCUCUAGGACAUCUGUUAUAUCAGCUAUCAACGCAAUAUACACUUCCUCGCACUCGAAAUAGAUGUUAUUCUUAAAAUACUGUAAAGCGUCUUGUUCCGCCAGCUUCACUUGCUUCACUAUUAAUCUAUGGUUUACCGAGAAUCUGCUCCAGUAUUCUUGCAAAGAUUCUAAUCUAGUUUUCAUAUAACCGAUCGUAAGUUUCUUGUUUGAUAGAUUUUUGAAUUUUUCUCUAGCUUUUAAUAUUCUAUCAUACGUAAAUUCUUGUUCCACGAUUAAAUCUUGCAAUGCUUCCGACAUCUUGAUGUUUAGCUUUUAAAAACUAACUGAAAUCUCAACUUGAAAUAGAUAUCUGAAACUUGAACAAGAACAUGGUAGCUACCUAACUCAUUUGCGCUUCUAGGAUUAAUUCACAAACAUUCUCUUGCUUGGCUAACAAACCCGGUAAUUCUUGAGACAUUUUGAGAUAACUAUUCUUUGAAAACAUGAAAAUUCACACCGAAAUCAUGAUUGUUUUUUUUGACAUGGAAAAAAUUUUGACGUGUUCUAUUUCUGAAAUCUUGUUUUUUCCAACUCAACAAAUUCUUAUCUUGUAAAUAGCACUGAUUUAUAGCGGCGAAUUUUCUGAGUUUACUCGUAGGUCUUAACAUAUAUUUUAUUAAUCUUAUCUUCCCGAAAUCUUUAAUUAUAAUUUUGUAAUUUUGAUGACAAUUUUGACUGACGGCUUCUCGGAAUAUUUCUAAAUGAAAAUGAAAAAUGAAAAUGAAAAAUUAUAUAUUUAGGUAAAGGUUUCGUUUUAACAAUACAGUUAAUGGAGUCUCCUAGUAAGUAUAAUUAUACCUGUGACAGGAGACCCCGCUCUUCCCAGCUAACAUUUUUGUUCUAACAAUUUAUUCGUUAUACAUUUAAAAUUUGAUUUAGUUUAGUGUAAUCUAAUCUAAAAACUACCUUACACUAACUUAAGCUAAAAUAUACAUUUUUAUUAUUAUUAAGUGUGUGCGUGUGUGUGUGUGUGUGUGUGUGUGUGUGUGUGUGUGAGUAUGAUUCUACUAUUAAUACAUCUAUACUGCAAAAGAAAUAAGGGAUUCUAUUUCUUCAUAGGUUAAGGAUUUCAGUUUUUCUGUAACUGUAAUUUUACAUUUGUUUGAUGUCAGGUUAUAGAUAGAUACAUAAUUAUUUAUAGCAUUGUAAAGUCUGGCAGAUUGUGAUUCAUAUUGCCUUUUUGCGAAUGCAGACUUACAUAAUGGUACUGGUUUUACUCUUAAUGUCCUUCUUCUGGAAUUUACGCCCUGAUUGUAUUUAACGGUAUGGUGAAUUUUUAAUAUUGUUCUUAAAAUAUAUAGCUUUCUCAUAGAGAGUAGACCUGUGGUCCUAUAUAGCUCUUUAGUGGAAAAGCGUUGAGGUUUAGAGAGCAUAACUUUAAUUAGGCAUCUUUGUCCUCUUUCAACCUCGAUGAAUUUGCUUUUAUUGCCACCGCCCCAGACUGGAAAUGUUCUAACUCACUGACACUUUAGUUCGAUUUUAGAUUCUAUUGUCCUGUAAUUAAAGUUCACUUUUAAAUGCACUGUCUAUGUCACUUAAGUCGUUUCACUUCUCAACUCGAAGGACCACUAUGUUUGAAUAAGUUGCUUAGUUACCAAUACCAAUUACCAAUCAUUUAUUCACAUAUUUGACAUUACAUAUGUACAUUUUAUGAUGAACCACCGUUACCCAGUUUGCGUUUGUAACAGCGCCAUCUCUUAGGAAAUUAGGACUUCUAACUAAAUCGGCUCGAACAAUAGCUCAUAGUGUUUUAUUCGGGUUCAGUCAAUAGAAUUUCACUCUACUGCUAUUCACGUCACCAUAUUACUGGGUACAUUUUCGCAGACAUAAUAUCGUAUAGUGGACCCAGAGAAACUAUGCUAACGUCUAUUUUUCAAUUGCACAUGUGAAUACAGAAGGCAAGUUACGGAAAGUUUCCAAAAAGUUCGAAAAGUUCUUGAAAAUUUCACAGGAAACAAAAAAACGUUUCAUUUGGUCUUUGAAAUACAAUUUGAAUUGAAGUGCAGUUAUCAAAUACAGAAAAGACACUUCCUACACAACCGAAGUUCGACAGCGAUUCAAGGACGAAUCAUGUUGUCCCCUUUCUAAUGAAUGGCACUAUCCCUUUCGGCUGUUUAGGGUUGUCAGAUUUCGAGUAAUUUUCUUAUCGGUGGUUGUGAACCCAAGGGAACGUCAAGUUGUGGCAACCCUAAUAAUUCCUCGUAGCGAUUCUGAGCCGAGAGCGGCCGAUAAGUCGAGUGUCACGCCACUGUCUAAAACAACUCAUAUUCAUAAAACUUUACUGGCCUGAUUUAGUUGAAUUAUAUUUUAUCCCUUUCUUACAUACGUACAUAAGUCAGAAUGACAGAUAAGGGUUUAAACAAUGGAUUUUUUAUGUGUGAAAUGCGAGUGAAUUGCCUUUAAAAAAACCCGUAGGAGUCGGAUCAAAAACUAAGUAAUUAGUCCGACUUACGCUUGACUACAUAUUUGUAAUAGGUUUUCCUGUCAUCUAUAGGUAAAUAUCUAUUUUAUGUAUUUUUUUCAAAAUUAAAAUUUUGGGUCUAAAGACCCAGUAGUUUCGGAGAUAAAGGGGGGGAAUGGUUAUUUUUUGCCUAUUUUCUUGAAUUACUUCUAAACUAUUUAUUUUGAAUUAUAAAAAUAAUAUAUUUGUCAUUCUUACAUUGAGCUCUUUCAUUUGAAAUGUACAUAACACGAUGUAUUUUGAAUUUUUUUUUCCCAUUUACCCCCCAAAAGUGGCCCCCAUGUUUAAAAUUAAUUUGUUUCCGUUACAUGUCCGUCUUUGGGUCACAAACAUACAUACAGUGUACCAAAUUUUAACUUAAUUGGUCCAGUAGUUUCGGAGGAAAUAGGCUGUGACAGACGGAUAGACAGACAGACGCACGAGUGAUCCUAUAAGGGUUCCGUUUUUUCCUUUUGAGGUACGGAACCCUAAAAAUGUACAAAAUACAAAUGUCAAUAAUUUUUAUAUGCACUAUUACGCUGAAGUAAAUUAGUUUAUAAUAA